AGCACCCACUCCCCCCGCCGCUCGCUCGUACACCCACGCACAAAACCCUCGCCGUCUCCAACGGCGGCGGCGGCCAUGGCCCACCAGAACCCCACGCCGUUCGUCUACCUCGACGCCGCCGCUGCAGCCGACGCUCGCCGCCGCGGCAUGGACCCUCACGUGCUGGAGCAGACCACGCAGGACCUCCUCAAGUUCCUCUACAUGUGCCUCCCCGACACGCUCGUCUACGCCGGCGCCGCCCUCUCCGCGCUCCCCGCCUCCUCCGGCGACGCCGAAGACCGCAUCAGUGCCCUCCCCUUCGGGCUCCUCCGCAACAUCGUCUCCCGCCUCCCCGCCAAGGACGCCGCGCGCACCUCCGUGCUCUCCCGCCGCUGGCGCCCCGUCUCGCGCUGCACGCCGCUCGCCCUCGCCGACGCGCACCUUCUCUCGGGCGUCCUCGAGGGCUUCCGCCAGCCCGCGCGCGCCGACACGCCGGCGCUCGCCGCCACCGUCUCCCGCGCCGUCGCCGCGCACCCCGGACCCUUCCGCGCCGUCCACCUCGUCUGCGGCUACUACGCCGACGCCGACCGCCAGCGGGAGCUCGCGCGCUGGGUCCAGACGUUCGCCGCCAAAGGCGUGGAGGAGCUCGUCCUCGUCAACCGCCCGUGGCCGCUCGACGUGCCUCUCCCCGCCGCGCUUCUCGACGUCGCCACGCUCACCCGCCUUUACCUCGGCCUCUGGAAACUCCCGGGCACCUCCGCGCUGCCACACCCAAACCGUGGCGCUGCCGCGGUGUUCCCGCACCUCCGCGAGCUCGUCCUCUGCUCCAUGGAGGUGGAGAGCCGCGACAUGGAGUACCUCCUCGCCGGGAGCCCCGUCCUGGAGAACCUGGGCAUAGUGGGAGCCAGAAAGAACGUGACGCGCCUCCGCCUCGUCGGCCAGCACCUCCGGUGCGUGCAGAUCUGCUUGUCCGCAAUCGACAGCUUCGCCGUGGUGGACACCCCGAGCCUCGAGCGGCUCUUCCUGUGGGAAACCAUGGUGCUCGACGGCUCCUGUGCUAGGCUCAGGAUCGGCAAAGCACCCAAGCUGCGUGUACUUGGAUACUUGAAUCCUGGAAUUCACAUGCUGGAGAUCCGCAACACCGUCAUCAAUGCCGGGAUAAAGGCAAGCCCAAGCACAAUGGUCCCGGGCAUCAAGAUCCUAGGAUUAAGUGUGCGUUUUGGAGUCCGCAAUGAUGUCAAGAUGUUGCCCACCUUCCUCAGAUGCUUUCCUAAUGUUGAUGUUGGAUUAAUCUUGAUGAUGCAGGCCAUGCUCGAUGCGGAGGAUGUGUGGGAGGCGAUUGAACCGGAGGCGGGGUUGGCGAUCGACGUGAAGAAAAACAAGAAGGCGAGGUCGUGUCUGCUUCAGGCACUCCCGGAGGAUCUUCUCAUGGAGGUUGCCGGGAAGAAGACGGCGCAAGAGGUGUGGGAGAGCCUCAAGACGAGGUUCGUCGGCGCCGAUCGAGUGAAGGAGGCACGGUUAUAG